AUGGGCUCCGUCUGGGGCCUGGCUGUGUCUCUCCUUGUCUUCUGCUGGAAGGCUGGAGUCAAUGUGAGCUCUCCAGGCCUCGGCACUAGCAGAUCAGUUCCUUUGGUGACAACCGACAACAUGGAAGUGCCCACCUUUACGCAAAGGGACAGGCCCAGCUCAGAGAGAGCUUUCCAGAUCACCAACCCGACUCAGAAUGUUCCUCUAGACACACAAACUCUCAGCGCUGAAACCGCUUCUAACGCAUUAAUCACAACCAGUUCAGAGGUCAAUUCCAGGGACACCCCGAUCACCGCUGUUAUAACGAAGAGCAGGAAGACACAUGCCACCACCCCUGCAGCAGCAUCCCUGGAGACCAAGACCACCUCUCCUAGUGUGUCAACCCUAAAUUAUCAGACCACCUCUCCAGCAGCGUCCUCCCUGGAUUCCCAGACCACUUCCCCUGCACCACCAUCUCUGACCACCUCCCCUGAACCAUCAUCCCUGGGUACCCAGACCACUUCCCCUGCACCAUCCUCCCUGGGUACCCAGACCACUUCCCCUGCACCAUCAUCCCUGGGUACCCAGAUAACUUCCCCUGCACCAUCCUCCCUGGGUAUCCAGACCGCUUCCUCUGCACCAUCCUCCCUGGGUAUCCAGACUGCUUCCCCUGCACCAUCAUCUCUGACCACCUCCCCUGCACCACCAUCUCUGACCACCUCCCCUACACCAUCCUCCCUGGGGAACCAGAGCAUGUCACCCGUUGAAUUGACCCUAAAGACCCAGACCAGUUCCUCUGUAAUAGAGACCAGAACUCUUUCGAUAAGAAUACCUUCCAAGUCCAUGGUUGUGCACACCAUCCCUACAGAGACAUUGGCACCAAGCGACAGCCCCAGUCCUGGGAUGAGCGUUGUCAAAACUGGCCCAGUGAGGGACCCCAUAGAAGCCAUCUUUGACACCCUUUGUACUGAUGACAGCUCUGAAGAGGCAAGGAAGAUCACAAUUGACCUCCUGACUUUGGCACACACGUCCAUGGAAGUGGAGCACCUGUCUUCAGAGAGCAGCUCCUCCUCUGACAGCUCAGCUGGGGUUCUCAGCAGCUCAAGGGUCCUGGGACCCGACAGUGCAACUCCAGCCAAGGGCUUGGUUGCCUUCAGCUUAACCCAUAUUAAACUCACCACCUGCAUCACAGAAAUAGAAACAACCAUCACUGUUUCUGGGACCCCAGACAUGAGCCACAGCCCUACAGAAGUGAUGACAGCCUUGUCCACUUCUAAGAUGUUAACUUUGCCUCCAUCCACUGAGACAAAACCAAUUAUCCCUAAGACCACGAGCUCAUCUGGGAUCUUGUCAACCGCCAGCACCCCGGCCCUUGCCACCACCCUUGAGGGUACAGUCCCCACUAGUGGAAUCACAGAAAGCAAAAUAGCAGUGGCCCAGACUCUUACCUCUGUUGGAACUUCCGUGACAGUUAGAAGGAACCCACUGGAAGACACUUCAACACUCUCAACUGAGACACAAAGCCACACUGAGGACUUGGGCAAUUCAACCAACAGCUCCUUCCUCACAGGGAGUCACCCUCCUUUUUCCAGCAAUUCAACUACAGCUAGCACCAGCAAAAAACCAAACAUCAUCGUAACCAAGACUACAGUCUCACCAAAGCCCCUGACAAAUUCCACAACAUCUGAAUCCACUGCUUGGACAAGGAAAACCACAAAACAUGAUCCAGGUGAAGAUGGAGGCUUCCUCCUUGUACAGCUGACCGUGGCAUCCCCUGAGGACCUCACUGAGCACAACGCCAGAGAGAAGCUGAUGUACCAG